GUGCUCACCCAUCAGUAGUUGGUGGUUGGCGUCUGAGCCGUGUGGACGCGCUCCACUCCUCUCUAUUACAGAAGUAUUACUCUUCUAUUGGACUACUGGAAUGGUGUUUGGAAAAAUGGAUAUUGUUGUGUAGUGGCUUCGAGGAGGUGAGCGUAGUACUGGGAGGACCUUACGGGACUCGUCGAAGGGACAUGUACGCCGUGAAGUGUUCCCUAUUCCUCAGUAUAUAUAUAUUUAUUCCUGGACAAUGUUCAGGACUAAAGUACACUUGCUUGUUGGAAUGAGCCGUUCUUGAGAAGACGCUUGUGACAGACGACUUCGCCUAUGUUGGUCAGCGAACGAAACGCCUGCAGUGAACUUCUGAAAGUGUACAAGGAAGCCAAAUUAAAUAAAGAAGCGAGGACAGACGAGUGGAGGAAGCCAGUCUGCUGGAAAUUGAAGUGUGAGGUCCAGUGACAUAGUUGUAGCGUCCUCUGUGCAAUGCCUUUGUCCCAGGGAAGCACUGUGGUGUUGGUGAUGGCGGCAGUGCUGUGUGGAGCGGGUGUAGCGGGCCUCGUACACGUCACACAGCCGCCCGGAGGAGGUUCGCACACUGCACUCCGGCACCACUAUCUCCAAGACCAGGGGGCCAAGAUCCUCGUGCUGCAUCCUAUAUACGCCGGAAGCCACGAGCUGACGCUACGGAGGUUCGGGGAGGAGCUGGUCAAGCGGGGUCACCAGGUCACGCAGGUCAGGUGGAGGUCGAGCAAGACACGGGAGGUUAACUCCACCGUGGAGGUCAUCACCUUGAGCCCUGAUAACCGUGACCUCAGGUACCCAUACAUGCAGCCUGAUGGGACCUUCCACCCUCCCACCACCAUGCUGUGGGAGAGACCACGACACGUAUGGCAGAUCCCUACGGACGUGUUUGGGCUGAUCGACGCUCAUUGUCUCACGCUGCUGGGUGACCGGGACCUGGCCAGGAGGCUCCGAGCGGCCAACUUCACCCUGGCGGUGGUAGACAUCAUCGGUAACGAGUGCUCCUUGGCUCUAGCUCACGCCCUCCGGCUGCCAGUGGUCGGAUUCUGGGGAUUCUCCUUCCAGGGAGGCGAGUCCAGGGCUGCCGGGGUGUUCCAGUCGCCAGCGCUGGUUCCCAACUUCCUGAGCGAGGUUGGGGCGUCCAUGACGUUCCUGGAGAGAGUCUGGAACACUUUGGUGAUGUUGGCAGAGACCGCCGUCAUCACCUACCACUUCAGUGUCAUCGAUGCUCACAUUAAGCGUUUGGCGCCGCGAAGUCCCAGGAGCCAGGACCUGCUCCGGGAGAUUGAGGUGAUACUCGUACACUCCCACUGGAUCAUAGACUACCCCAAGCUGAUGCCGCCACACGUCCAGUACAUUGGCUGUAUCCAGUGCGGGCCCCCAGCUCCACUACCUCCAUACAUCGAUCGAUGGAUGAGCGAGGCCAGCACAGGAGUGGUGGUGUUCUCUCUGGGCUUCACAGGGUACGAGGCCACCUCCGUCCCUACACGUGUCAUGGAUGCCUUCCUCGCUGCAUUCUCCCGCCUGCAGCAGAGGGUCCUUCUCAGGUUCAACCCUGCCUUGCUGCCGUAUGUACCAGACAACAUCAUGGUCGUCGACUGGCUCCCACAGCAUGACGUCCUCGGACACCCCAACACUGUGCUGUUCGUGACACACUGUGGCCAGAACGGCAUCAACGAGGCGGUGUACCACGGCGUGCCCAUCGUUGGCUUCCCGAUCUUCGCUGACCAGGGGGACAACGCUCGCAGGGUGGUGGACCACGGCCUGGGGCUCGUCAUAGACAAGGCUGCCAUCACCGAGGAGCUCGCUUACACCACCAUCACCGCCGUCCUCAACAACUCCAGGUACCGACAGACAGCGAGGAGGUUCUCCGCGCUCUGGCAAGAGGAGAGCGAGUCCGGGAUGGAGAAAGGAGCCAGGUGGGUGGAGAAGGUCCACCGCCAUGGCCGCCUCACCCACCUCAGAAUGCCCGGCGAGCAUCUCUCUCUCGUCCAGUACUUCGCCCUCGACGUGGCUGCCUUCCUGCUCUUGGUGGCCCUCGCCCUCUGCUGCCUCCUCUACGCCGCCUGCUGCCUCUCCUACAUGGCCUUCUCCCUCAUUCGGAAGAAAGAAAAGGAAAAAUGUCAAUAAACAAAUAUGUAGAUAGAAUAUGUACUGUUGAGUGAUAUUAUUUUUGACAAAUCUUCGAUUUUGAAGUGUAUAAAUUACUCAAGAUGUCCGAACCUGUGGUAACUUAUUGCAUGGAUAGGUCGCCGCGUGACGAUAUCGGCUCGCUUCACCUGACAGAUGCAAAUAUAUAAGAUUGACAGCGGCAGCAAAGACAUCCUUAACGUCCUGUUGAACGCCCACUGACGGCAACGGUUCCUAGUUGUUUUAGCGAUGAAGUUGCGUCAUGUUUACUCGCCUCGGGGGUCUGCCUCAGCUAGACGUUGUAGUCACGUCACUGGUACAUACCUCGAGUCUGCGUCAGCUCUCUUCUCGAUAGUGAAACAUUUGCUGGUCAUAAUGAGGAAUGUCGGAGCCUCUUCUAAAUAGUUGUUUUUGUGUAUAUGCUGCUUAUAACACUUGUUUUUCUUGUACAAACAUUGUCUCUAAAUCAUUUUAAUCCUCUUUUUUUUUUGCGUUUUUAAAUGUCGCCUAAAUAGGUGACCGUUUUGACAAAGUAUGACUGUACUGAGUUAGUGUGUAGAUGCAUGUGUGGAUGUUUUUCCUGUGGUGAUAGGACUGCUGGUCUGAAGUUUAUUAUCCGUAUACACAUCAGUUUCCAGCCAGCCUCUCGUCAUUAGUUACCAAACCAGUGUAGGGCGUCCGAGAAUUGCAGAAAGCAGCUGACAAAUUUUAGUGAUUGUUUUAAACGUUGAAAAAUUCUUCUUCUUUCACUACAAAGCGAAUUCGCACGUCAUUUUUGCUUGACAUGGGCCACUUCAUGAAAUUGGUCUCUAAGGGUCUGGUCUGAAAGUAUUUUCGGACGUGAGUUCCCGAUAUACCUUUCUCAGAGGUCUUAAAGAAUUAUCACCCAAGCACUACAGUGCUGCAGAUAAUCUACUCUGAGAUCAAAAUAUUAGUACCUGAAUGCUUCGGGUUUUCAAUACUAGUAGGCAUAAAUGAGCAACAUUAGACAAGACUUUCAGAACGGAAAAUAAAAUCUGUUGACAAGUGUAGCUGGCUCCUGGAAGUCGGUAGUACGGCAACGGGAUUAUUCUAUAGUAACGUUUCUUGGCUUCGACUACAGUUUGAAAAGUCCAGCAUUCAGCAGAGCCGUGGAAACGGUCUCCACGUUGUUCGCUGUGAUGACGAGUGCACGAGUCUUGUUCCUAUGAGUUGUCUACUUUAGCGGUGACUUUGUUUGCUAUAAUAGUGGGUAAAGGGCGCCCUUUACUCUCGGUUAUGACUCCGAUAAUGUUGACAUAAAUGCUCCAAUUUCUGACAUGUACAAUAAAUUGAAUAUUUUUUUA